AUGGGUCAAUACUCAAAAGAACUUUCAUUUUACCGCAAAGUAUUUGAACUACAAGAAAACAUUCUUCCGCCAAACCAUUCUGAUCUAGCUUGUUCUUACGCCUGUAUGGGCACAAUGUCAAACAAAUUAGAUGAACACGAAGAAGCACUUGUAUAUUAUCACAAGGCACUAGAAAUCUUGCAAAAUUCUUUUCCUUUAAGUCACUCUGAUCUGGCUAUCUCUUAUAACAACAUUGGCAAGACGUAUGAGAAAAUGGGCAAUUACUCCAAGACACUUCCGUAUUACGAAAAAGCACUUGAAAUCAAACAAAAAACUCUCCCUUCAAAUUAUUCUGACUUAGCUUUUUCUUACGAUAAUGUGGGUCGUGCGUCUGAGAAAUUAAGUGAUUUUUCGAAAGCACUUUCAAAUUACGAAAAAGCAUUUCGAAUACAGCAAAAGAAUCUUCCUCCAAAUCAUUCUGAUCUGGCUACAUCUUACACAAGAAUGGCUAGGAUAUUAAGCGAAACACGGGAAUAUUCGAAAGCAGUUUUAUCUUAUGAAAAAGCGCUUAAAAUUUUUCAAAACACUCUUUCUUCAAAUCACUCUGGUCUGGCUACUUCUUGUAGCAAUAUUGGUGCAACGUAUUUUAUGAUGGAGGACUAUUCCAAAGCACUUUCCUAUUUUCGACAAGCACUUAUAAUCUUUCAAGAAAGCUCUUCCAAAAAUGAUUCUAAUUUAAUUCCUAUUUACAUCCACAUUGGUUUAGUAAAUGAAAAAAUUAACGAAUUCAUGGAAGCACUUUCAUAUUACACAAAAGCACUUGAAAUCAACCAAAAAAAUAUCCCUUCUGACUACAAACUGUUGACUACUCUCUACAGGAAGAUGGGAGGAGUGUGCGAAAAGAUGGAUCAUCCCUCCAAAGCGCUUGAUUAUUACGAAAUCCUACGAACCACACUUCCUCCAGACUAUCCUCUUUUAGUGGCUUCGUAUGCUUCUAUGGGAAAGAUAAUGAAUACAAUGGGGGAUUAUUCGAAAGCGCUUUCAUUUCAUGAAAAAGCACUUGAAAUCAGUGAUAGUACUCUUCCAUCAAAUCAUCCUAACUUGGCGGUUUGUUAUUCCAAUGUUGGCGGGAUAUAUUGCAGUAUAGGCGAGUACUCAAAAGCAGUUGCAUUUUACAAAAAAGCAAUUGAAAUCAGCCAAAAGAUUCUUCCUCCAGAUAAUAUUGAUUUGGUGACUUAUUAUAAUAAUAUUGCUUCCGCCUAUGAAAAGAUGGAUGCGUACUCGGAAGCGGUUUCGUAUUUUGAAAAAGCGGUUGAAAUUCAACAGAAGACUUCUUCUCCAAAUGAUCUUCUUUUGGCAACUUGUUACAACAAUAUGGGUUUGCUUUAUAACAAUAUGGGUCAACACAAAAAAGCCUAUUCAUUUUAUUUAAAAGCCCUAAACAUACGACAAAAAAUUCUUCCUCCAGAUCAUUUUGACCUGGUUGGUUCCUGUGCAGGUGUGGGUGUGGCUCUCAGCAACAUGAAUAUGUGUGUAACAGCACUGCCAUUUCACGAAAAUGCGCUUAAAAUCUUGGAAAGCACUUUUCCUCCAAAUCAUCCUCAUUUGGGUAGUACAUACAACAAUAUUGGUGUCGUAUACGAUAAGAUGGGUAAUUAUUCGAAAGCGCUUUUUUAUUAUGAAAAAGACUUCGCGAUUUCGAAAGAAACUCUUCCUCCUAAUCAUCCUGAUCUGGCUGUGUCUUAUUGCAAUGUUGGUAAUAUAUGUUACAAGAUGGGCGAAUAUUCGAAAGCGCUCUCCUAUCAUGAAAAAGCUUUAGACAUUAGAAAAAUAGUUCUUUCUCCAAAUGAUCUUGUUCUAAGUAAAUCUUAUGGCAGUCUUGGCUUGGUGUAUAAUGCGACAGGUGAUUAUUCGAAAGCACUUCAACUUUAUAAACAAGCUUUGGAUAUUGCACAACAUUCAUUACCUGCAAAUCACCCUGAUCUUAAUAUAUAUAAACAACAUGUUAAAGCGGCACAAAAGAACUGUAAUUGA